GAAACCGCUAUCUGUCAGAAAAAACAGCCCGAGCGCUGAACCGCUAUACGGAUACAGUUUGUUGAUAUCACCGCUGGAUUCAAGGCGUUUAUUCUCGGGGUUUGGAACCUCUCCGGACACACAUGCAGAACAUGCCCGGGCAGAGGUAACCAUCCCCGGGCUGCUGCUGCCUCCUCAGCCGGCUGAAGGACGGAGCAGGACGGACAGACGCAGAUGGAGAGACCGAGCAGGCUGCUGCUGCUGUCCGAGCUGCGCGUCAGAAACGCCGCGUACGACGUGAGUCUGUGCCGGUCCCUGCUCACCUGGAAGAGACGGAUCUCCAGCCCGGUGUACCACCCGUUCCGACCCAGUGUGUGUCACAGUGUGCCAGUGUCAGAGAUCAUCUCUGUCAGAGAGGAAGAGGAGGAGAACAGCAGCAGAGGAAGAGACGAUGGAAGCUGGAAAAAGAUCAAAGAGAGAGAAGGAAAGGAUUGCAGGCAGGCCUUCACAGUGUCGUAUGUGGAGAGGUGUCGGCAGCACCGCUGGCGUUGCGCUGAGGUCACCUUCACGUGUCCAAAGGGGGCGCUGUGUCAACGUUGGGUCAACAGCAUCAGAGAACAGCUCGCCGCCAUCACCAGCAGACCCAAACACCUGCUGGUCUACAUCAACCCUUAUGGCGGGAAACGAAAGGGUAAACACAUCUAUGAGCAGAAGGUCGCCCCGCUGUUCGCCAAGGCCGGCGUCUUCACGGAUGUCAUCGUGACGGAGUACGCCAAUCAUGCGAGGGAUCACCUGAAGACGGAGGCGGAGCUAAAGAAGUUUGACGGCGUGGUGUGUGUCGGAGGAGACGGCAUGUUCAGCGAGAUCAUCCACGGGCUGAUCUGGAGGACGCAGAUCGACGGCGGCGUAGAUCCAAACUGUCCAGAUGAAACGCUGCUUCCCUGCUCGCUUCGCAUCGGAAUCAUUCCUGCAGGUUCAACAGACUGUAUCUGCUUCGCCACUGUGGGCACCAACGACCCCGUGACCUCUGCACUGCACAUCAUCGUGGGAGACUCCCAGCCGAUGGACGUCUGCUCGGUUCACCACAACAACACGUUCCUGCGAUACUCCGUCUCCUUGCUGGGAUACGGUUUCUACGGCGACGUGCUAACUGACAGUGAGAGGAAGAGAUGGAUGGGCCCAGCUAGAUACGACUUCUCAGGUAUGAAAAUGUUCCUGACUCAUCAUUAUUACGAAGGAACAGUGUCCUACCUGCCUGCCAGAGGCAUCAUAGGAACGCCGCGAGACGCCGCCAGGUGUCGAUCUGGCUGUGUGGUUUGUCAGCACAACGGUCAACUGCUUUCAGAGAGACCUGAGAGGUACGAGAUGGAUGAAGCAUCAGACAGUGAGAGUGACAGCGAGUGGAGGACAAUCCGGGGGAAGUUCUUGGCUAUAAACGCUGCCAGUAUGAGCUGUGCUUGUCCUCGCAGCCCCAAAGGCCUCUCACCUGCCGCUCACCUGGCCGACGGCACCACUGACCUCAUUCUGGUCCGAAAAUGUUCCCGCUUUGAUUUCCUCAGACACCUCCUCCGACACACCAGCAAAGACGACCAGUUUGACUUGACCUUCGUCGAGGUCCACCGAGUGCGGCGUUUCCGCUUCAUGCCACGUCACUGCCAGAGCGACUCGGACCUGGAGCUGGACCUGCAGGAGAGCGGCAAACACCAGAUCUUCAGCCAGAUCUGCCGAGACCACCCGGCUUGCGGCUGUGCUCCCGCCUACAGCAGCUGGAACUGCGACGGCGAGAUCCUGACCCACGCGGCCAUCGACGUCAGAGUGCACUGCCAGUUGAUCAAGCUGUUUGCACGAGGGAUCGAAGAGCCGGUGGUGUUUGAGGAUCUCACCAACCCCUGUGCAAUAUAGACCCUUGCCCCCCCAUUAUUCCCUGUCAGACACUGGAGUCUUCUUUCUGUUUCCAGCCGCUGCCUGAGUCACUGCCGCCGCCGCCGCCGUCGUCAUGCAGCACUCAUCACAUCCUUCACCAGGAGACUUUACAGGAUUUGCUGUGUGUGAACUUUAUUUUCUGGAUCUGAACGGCCAAAAUGAGUUUCCUUAAAUCACCCAGUACAGCUUUAAAUGAAUUCCCUGAAAACUAGGAGCUGUUUGUAGGAAACAGGCACAAAAUUAGAGACCCGGAGAGUAAAGAUUCCCCCUCAGAUUUUGGAUUUGUUGUGGGCGACACUGUUGGUGUUUUUGGUGUGAACAGCUGAAUGGUUGCUCGGUGUCUGGCACCUGAUGUAUUUUUGAUAUCGAACUUCAGUCCUGGAGCUGAGACCUGCUCUGUAUGACAGUAUUUUUGCUUCAUAAUACUCAGUUCAUGACUUGAUGAUCUUAAUGUUUUGAGGUCACAAGUUUCGCCUGUAACAGUGACGUAACGUGUAACCAGUGAACAACUGCUAUAGUUGGAAAAAGGUCAAAGGAACAUGGACACAUGGAAUCAUUGCCUGGCUUAUGUUGACCUGCAUCUCAUUGCCUGUAAAAUGAUCCGUAAUUCUGAAGUCCAGUUUUAAGCUCAAGUUCUUUUUCUCUAAAUUCUGACUUGUUCUGAGCCACAUUGGUGAUUUGACUAGGACUCUUCUCGUGGACACUUUGACUUUCUUCUGUCUUGAGGCAGUUUGGACUUGUGACUUGUCCUGACUCAGACUUGUCUCUGUCUUGUGGGCGUUUUGACCUAGACUUGUUAUGACUCAGACUUGUAUAAGUCUAGUAGGUGUCUAGACUUGGAUCUGUCUUGGUCUUGUUGGCGUUUUGAUUUGAACUUCAUUUGACUCUGAUUUAUGUUGAUGUCAUAGGUGCUUGUGUUUGGACAUGUCUCAGUCUGGUGGGUGUUUUGUCCUGACUCUAACUUGUCUCAGUUGCAUGUCUACCUGCCUUAGGACUUGUCUUAGUCUUAUGAUUGUCAUGAAUUGGACUUCUCUCAAUCUUUUGGCCAUUUUCAUUCGGGACUUGUCUUCAUCUCGUGACUGUUUAUACUGAGACUUUGUAUCGAGUCUUGUGAGUCUCUGACUCUGACUUGUUGUGGUGUCAUGGGCGUUUUGACUCUGAUUUGUUUCCGUCACAGCCACUAGUCUGACCUGUUACAGUCUUUUGUCUUGUUCAACUCCAGACUGAAGAGUCAGAGUUCAGGGGGUCUUGACUCGGACUUCACCUCAUUUGGACUCAACUUUGACUUGAUCACAAAAUUUUUUCUUGUACUGGUAUUUUUCCUCAUUCUUUAUUAGUGCUGUAGUGCUUAAGUUUGGCCUCAGUCUUGGUUGCAAUUUUGUUUCUUGUGUCAUCUCAGAUGUGUCUCUGCCUUUUGGAUGUGUUGACUCGGACUUGUGUCGGAUUCAACCUAAGUGGUCUCGGCCGCAGAUAAGAACAUAGAGCUUUUGUAUUUAUUCAGCAUAUAAGUAGGUUAGAAACUGUUUCAUAAAUUUUAGCCUAUUUGCACUUUUUGAGGUAGAUUUUUGGAUCGUCUGUUACACGUUUAGGGAUGCCAGACACCUGCCAGUCAUUCCCAGGGUCCAUGUGAUCACUAUGGGUCAGGGGUUGAUUCAUAUUCAUGAAACGUAAAUCUCAUGCACAUUGUCAGCAUGUGAAGGGAAAGGUCAGUCACAGACGGUCAGUCACCGUCUGUGUUCUUCAGCUGUGGGAAAUUUUCUGUUACACUCUCAAACACAUCCGUCAGUGUUGUCUCCAUGUUUCCGUCAUUUCUCAGGAAGACCUGAGCUCAGUCGUAGCUAAGAAAUUGUAUUUUUUCACAUAUUAAUUCCCAGCAAUUUAGAAAAAAAACAAUUCUGAAAAAUAUUAAAUGUUAAUGUUAAUCAAGAAAAUGUUGCAUCAGUCAAGCUGGUCAUGGCUGAGUUUGCUGAACAGCGCACACAUGAAUGUUUUUAAUCUUCCAUUUCUGCUCGAUAUGCAAAUGAACUCAGUUGGCGCAAACACGCGACACAAAGGAAAUCAUGUGAAAACAUACUGCUUUAACACCAAACAAACUGUGCAGAUAUUCUGUCUUCAAGCUGAAGUUGUAGCUGGAGCUUCAGUUUUCUGGUGUGAUGUUCUGAACUGGGCCAUAAAACCUCAAGACAAUCACCUGAACCUUCCACACAUCAACAUAUUUUUGCAAACUGAUGCAUUCAGAACUUUUCUCUUGUGAAAAUGUUGAAUGAGUUUAUGUUGUAAUAAUUUGAGUAGAACAAUCUGAUCUGAAGUACUCACAGCCAAUAGACAUACACAACCUGUGUGAGGGGUCACAAGUUGGAAUAGCCUUGUUUUUAAAGGUCACCAAGCCAUAAAGGUUAGGAACCACUGGAAUUAAGCACAUGGGCAGGACUGUCUACAUACUUAUGGUCAUGUGGUUCACACUUUAAUUUGCUCUUUGAGUCCAAAAAGAAAACUGCUUCAUUCAUGUAAAUGAAUCUAUCUCACUGUGAGAAAUGCAGAUUAUUUCACUUCUAUAGAAAACAGUUACCAAUUUUUUUGAAUCAGUGGAAGGUUCAUGUUAUUGAUGUGAAGUUUUGUGAAUCCUGGUUGUGUUGAAACAAGCUGUUGUGUAAAGUCCAGUGUUGAUAUUCAGGAUUUUCUUUUUUUUUUUAAUUUCAAACAUUCGGAGUGAACAGCUCUGAGAAUGUUGUCGCCUGAUGUUUGCUCUGUAGCCAGUUCACUGUGUCCACAAGGUUAAUUGUUUUUAAAAAUACAAGCUGAUGAUGAUAUUCUGCUUUUAGAUUCGUGUUAAUCAGUAGUUAGCUUUGCUAUUGGUAAGACCCAAAUAAUCUCUAAAUCAUCAGUACAUUGCAGACAUUACAGCUUCUAGGGGACAUGGUCAUUAAAAACACAGAUUAAACAUUUAUUAUAUAAUAUGGCUGAAAUCAUCUGGAGCUUUGUCAGUGUUCUGGAAAAUAGUUUUAACUUUGAUCCAGAGACAAAUCAGACAAAGUUGAGUAUCAGCACUGGACUGUCAGACUGUAAAUGCUGUUUGUUUGUUUUUCUGUGUUUAAUGGUUUGUUGACCAGCAGUCCUGUUUCCUCCCUGCUGACGUCGAGCUGGACUCAAACUGACGGAGGAAGGAACCAGUAGCAGCUCAAGUGCUUUCAAAACACUGAUCAAUCAUCUUUCAGCUUUCUCCUGGUUUUAAUCUGACCAAAUACCAGCCUGGGUUUCACGAUGUAGCUGUUUGUCUGCGAUAGUUGUAGCUCAGCCUACAGGUCUUCACAGGUCCAGCAUGUUGGACACAGUCCAAAGCAGACCCAUGGAAAACCCACAAACAUUUAUUUUUAAGGAAAGAACAGACCUCAUCCAAAGGAGACUUAAGGACAGUCAGAACUGGUUUGAAACAGACCUGAGGAUACUUAACACCAGAUUCAGUGGAAAUCCUGAUCCAUUGGAUCUGACCUGAUGCAAACAGAGUGAACACCAGCACUGGCAAUAGCAUGAUGCUCCAUGAAUGUAUAACAGAAACAAUACAGCAGGACCCUCACAGACCUGAUCAGCCAGACUUGGGUCUUAAUUAGAGCCUCCAUUACUGGUUCCAAAGUGGAUCUGUGAAGACCUUUAGCUCAGCCAUCUGGCUCAUGUUGAUUUAUCUCUUAACGUUGUGUAUUGAUGUACAAUCAGUCUGGAUGUUUGCUGUAAAAACCCCAAACAACAAACCAAAUGUGUGCACACAGAGGUCGGCUGAUGACUGAUGACCGAAGUAGAUUUUUAAUUAGGAGAGGAUAGAAAAUAUUUAUAUAUAUUUAGCCAGCUGAAAUUAUUAAUUAAAAGUGUUUGUGUUUUAGUAUGA